UUGAAAACAUGUUGCUCUUCUAACAUAGUUGGCCUUGUGUUUAAAAUCAGGAGUUGCAGUCCACUUGAAUUUAUUAGCCUGUAGACGUUGGCCAAUAAUUUUAGUGAAAAGCAUUCUAAUUAAUAUUUGAGAAAUGGGUCGCCGUAAGUCAAAACGCAAGCCACCGCCAAGGCGUAAACUUAUACAGAACCUGGAAAAGCAUUUCAAAUGUCCAUUUUGUAAUCAUGAACGUUCCUGCGAUGUUGUGCUAGAUAUGUCGAGAAAACUUGGACGCAUAGCUUGUCAAAUAUGCCACGAAUUCUUUCAAACCACCAUUAUCUCCUUGUCAGAGCCCAUAGAUGUUUAUAAUGAUUGGAUUGACGCAUGCGACGAAAACAAUAAAUAGAAUAAACGUAAUAUGG